AUGAAAGUCCGUGUGAAGGGUAUGCUGACAGCUACUACCUAUAACUUCGCAGAGGAGCUUUCCUGUUUUAUCAAGCUGUUGAAAACACACAUAUGCAGACAACAUAUUGCAAUGCAAUAUAUGAUGAUAGAAAUCGAUAUAUGGACCGCUAAAUCGAUAAGUGGCUUCCAGAAUACAACAGUGGCAGCAUCCAGAUCAGAACAUUACCAAAUAAGCAUAAAAUUAAAAGUUAAAAAACAGUAUUUGGAUGCUUUCUCUGAAGAGCUGUGGUGCAACUGUUACACACCCUCAGGAGCUGGUAUAAAUUUUGCACUUACGACAUUUCGAAUCAUUUCGCCGCUCGAUGAAAUACCAGGAGAAAUUCGGCGUACCAUUAAUGUCAAAGUUCAAUAUUAG